GAUCCCAGUCAGUCUCCGGCGGGGCCGGCCCCGUCGCUUCUUUCUUUAUAGUAACCCGGAAGAAAGACUUGCUGAGUGGUAGGGGGGAGCUGUGCUGCACCGCGCCUCGCCUGCAUCUGCAUGCGGUCGAACUCGAAGAACCGGCCAGCGGGCCGCUGCCGGCGCGCACAUGGCCGCCUGGGAUUUGCUUCUUGACCCGGGCUGCGGCUGCCGCUGCCGGCCGUGUCGCGCGCUCGGGCGGCCGACUGCCCGUCUGCUCUUCGCCUGCUGCGUGGGAGCUUGCUCGCUUGCUUAGCUCUGCUGCUGCUCUUUGCUGUUAAACGCGUUGUGUCCACGUGAGAAUUCCUGACUCCCUCAUCUCAUACGUAUGAUCUCUCGCCAUUCUCCAACUAUAAACCUCCAUUCAGUCGCCGCCGCUGCUGCUGCAGCUAAGGCGAGCGGUUUGGUUUCCGGCCAUGCCGGCCAGGUCGUGGCUCGCCGACCUGCGGUCGCGGCUCGGCGCCGGCGCCAGGGCCGACGGGCUCGGCAUCCUGGCCUUCGAGGCGGCGGCCACCAUGUCGCGGCUCGUCUCGCUCCACCGGACGCUGUCCGACGCGGAGCUCCGGAGGCUCCGCGCCGACGCUCUGCGCGCCGAGGGCGUCGCGCGCCUGACGUCCGCGGACCAGAGCCUCCUGCUCCGCCUCGCGUGCGGCGAGCUCGCGGCGGACCUCGACCGCGCCGCCGGCGCCGUCGCGCGCCUCGGCGCGCGGUGCGCCUGCUCGGAGGCCCCGGCCCCGCUCCUGCGGGACUUCGACCGCUUCUACGCCGAGGCCAAGCGGGGCCGCCUCGCGCAGCUGGACGCCGCGGUCGGCUUCUCCAGGGCCGCCGGGAAGCUGUUCCGGAAGAUGGAGCGCCACGUCGCCGCGGCCGCGAAGCUGUACGAGGAAAUGGACGCGCUCAGGGAGCUGGAGGCGUCGGAGCGGCGGAUGGAGCACUGGAGGCAGCACAGCGGCCCCAUCCCGGCGCAGCCGGCGCAGGGCCAGAAGCCGGCAGCCGAGUCCGGCGAGAAGCUGAUGCGCGCGCUCAGGGCGCAGCGGCACAAGGUGCGACGGCUCAUGAAGGGAUCGCUCUGGAGCGUCGACGCCGGCAAGGCGGCGAAGCUCAUGGCCAAGUCAGUCCUCGCCGUGCUCGCGCGCAUCUCCAUUGCCUUUGGCGCUUUCGUCCCAGGUCUGCCGCCUUUGACGGCGGGACGCACGUGGCCGCUCGGCCGCUCGUCCGGCCCGUUGCACCGGUCGGCGGCGCCUGGCGCCGCGCUCCGGCACUCGGCUCCCAUCUUGGGCCAGAAAGACGCCGCCACGUCCGUACUGGAAUCGAUCAAGCCAUCAGCGAGCACGGUCGGCGGCUCGGGCAUGGAGCUGCGGUACGCGAACGUGAUCCUGUCGGUGGAGACGCUGCUCGCGGCGCUGAGGCCGGCGGCAGGUGACGGCGAGGAAGGGAUGAUCGACCUGUCCAAGAGAGACGGGCUUUACAAGAUGCUGCCCGUCAGCAUCCGCGAGGCCGUGAACGCGAAGCUGAGGGAGAGCUGGAGAGGGCGGGCGGUGGACGAGGAGGCCGCGGCGGCGUCGAGGGGCGAAGCGGAGGCCGUGCUGCGGUGGCUGGGCCCGAUGGCGCACGACACCGUGCGGUGGAGCGACGAGCGCAGCAUGGAGCAGGGGCAGCGGUUCAGCAUGCAGCCGCGCGCGCUGAUGGUGCAGACGCUGCACUUCGCUGACCGGAGAAAGGCGGAUGCCGCGAUCGUCGACGUGCUCGUCCGCCUCAGCUGCGUGUGCUGGUACGACGAUGAGCGGCGCCGGCUAGAGUCCGUGGACUGGGACGACGAGUAGCCGCUACUGAUUUCUGAGCGGCGGAUCGUGGAUUGCAGUAUUGCAGUGUGUGUGAAAAAUUAUUACGAGGCAUCUGUAUAUAUAACUACAUGUGAAAAUUAUUGCGAGCCAUCUGUAAAAAUUAUUCCAUCCAAAAUUAUUCAUUUUGACCUUGCUGAAUA